AUGGAGAUAUCUAUGUUCGAUCCCUGUUUUGGAAUAAAUUUUAAGGUCGAAGAACCAGUAGAGUUAGAUGACCUAGUUAUAAGGUCGUCACAGGAAUUAGUCUCAAAAGGUGUAAAUGUUGUUCCUGAAAAAUGUAUAGAAGAUGAAUGUGAUUCCGAUAAAGCUCCUGUUGUUGGCGAUCUCGUUACAGAUAAAGGUGUUGUUUUUAUCAGGAGAAAUCAGAACCCUAUCCGACAAAAUUCUGCAAAGGCAAUAAAAUUGUCGCAUGAUUUACGCAACAAGGAUCUUUCAAUAGAAACUACUCGUCAUCUCCAUAUUAAGACUGUUCAUGAAGGAAUAAAUUAUCCUUGUGGUCAAUGUGAUAGAAAGUUUGCUUGUAAAUCCAACUUGACUCAACAUAUUCAAGUUUUUCAUAAUCGAAUAAGAUAUCCAUGUGUUCAAUGUGAUAAAACGUUUACAAGUAAAUCUCAUCUAAAUAAACAUGUGAAAUCUAUUCAUGAAAGAAAAAACUAUCCAUGUUAUCAGUGUGGUAAACAAUUUGCAUCUAGAUGCAGUUUAAAUAUGCCUGUAAAAGGUACUCAUAAACGUUUGAAAUUUACUUGUAAUGUAUGUAACAAAGAGUUUGCUUUUAAAGGAAAUCUAAAUAGACAUCACAGGAGUAUUCAUGAAGGAAUGAGAUAUACAUGUAAUCAUUGUGAUCGAAAGUUUAAAACAAACUCUGAUUUAAAUGAACAUGUAAAAGUUAUUCAUGAAGGAAUAGUAUAUCGAUGCGAUCAAUGUAAUAAAAGGUUUUCAUCUAAAUCCAACUUAAAGGAACACCUGAAAAGGGUCCAUCCAGGGGUGAGGUUUGGUUGUGAACAAUGCAGUAGAAAAUAUUCAAAAAGAAGAGAAGAAUUUUCAUCUGUUUAG